AUGGGUGUCAUUCGCAAAAAGAUUGCUGCCAGAGGCGGUGAGGGCGGUGUCAAGUAUGUUUGCGACGUUUGCUCUGCAGAUAUCACUUCUACUCUUUCCCGGCAGGUCCGGAUACGAUGCGCACACAGCGCUUGCAAUGAGUACGAUCUUUGUGUACAAUGCUUCGCCAAUGGCUCCUCCAGCGGUUCCCACCAGCCUGCCACCCACCCCUUCCGAGUUAUCGAACAGAAUUCCUUCCCCAUAUUUGAUCGCGAAUGGGGCGCCGACGAGGAACUGCUACUCCUAGAAGGAGCCGAGAUAUAUGGCUUAGGGUCCUGGGCCGACAUUGCCGAUCAUAUUGGUGGCUACCGUAGCAAGGAUGAGGUUCGCGACCACUAUUACAAGGCGUACAUCGAGUCCGAAAACUUUCCGCUUCCGAAACGAUGCAGCCCUCACGAUAUGGAACUGGCAAACGAGAUUUCGAGAGAAGAGUUCCAGUCUCGCAAGAAGCGCAGGAUCGAAGAGCGACGAGAGGCUGCAAAGAAUGCCCCAGCUCUGCAACCAAAGACGAAACCGACGGCUAGUGUGCCGUCUUGUCACGAAAUCCAGGGGUACAUGCCCGGUCGAUUGGAGUUCGAGACAGAAUAUGCCAACGAGGCUGAAGAAGCAGUACAACUCAUGCAAUUCGACCCAGGCGAUGGCAUCAACCCACGCACCGGCGAGCUCGAGCCAGAGAUGGAGCUCAAGCUCACAGUUAUGGAAAUCUACAACUGCAGGUUAACACAGAGAGCCGAACGGAAGAAGGUCAUCUUCGAACACAAUCUUUUGGAUUACCGAGAAAACAGCAAAAUAGAAAAGAAGCGGUCCAAGGAAGAGAGGGACCUGAUCAACAAGGCGAAGCCGUUCGCACGCAUGAUGAACCGGGAAGAUUUCGAGAAUUUUUGUCAGGGGCUGAUUGACGAACUCAACCUACGGCAAGCCAUUGCUCAGUUGCAAGAAUGGCGAAGCAUGCGCAUUGGUGACCUCAAGAGCGGCGAGAAGUACGAGCAGGAGAAGGCAUUGCGGAUUCAGAAGUCGAUACCUAUGGGAUCCAUGGACCGAGACCGCCUAGCAGCAAACCAACGUGGCAAGAACCAGCCACCACCGGAACCACCAAGCGGCGCCGCCCUGCUGGUCGCGCCAGAGCUUCCCAUCCGGUCGGCAGCGUCAGUCGGAGGCACAAAUGGCGAUGCGGUGAAUGGCGGGAUCAAGAUCGAGGGCAAGGAAAACCAGGUCAACGGGAACCACAUCAACGGAGGCAGCAUGGUGGUUGCCAAUGGCACGCCAGCGAAACAGAAGUUUGUGGCGCAACCGAUUCCAGGCAUCCAGCCAUUGCUGUUAUCGCAAGACAACGCACCUGAUCUCCAUCUUUUGACACCGGAGGAAGCGAAGCUCUGCGAGACGUUGCGCUUGCAGCCGAAGCCUUAUCUGAUGAUCAAGGAGCAGAUUUUGAAGGAGGCCGUCAAGAGCAACGGCAGCUUGAAGAAGAAGCAGGCCAAGGAAAUCUGCAGGCUGGAUACACAAAAGGGAGGGCGCAUCUUUGACUUUAUGGUGAAUGCUGGAUGGGUCAUCAAGGCUUGA